AUGAAAGUGUUCAGAGCCGCAACGUUCAUCACUGUGUUCCUCGCCGCUACAGAUGGAGUAAACGCCAUCACCGAUACCAGGACUAGCCCGCUGAGAAAGGAGGCAGCAGGAAAAGGCAUUCUCAUUGGGUCUGGGGCUAUUAGUCCGACCUAUCUCAAUGAUCCUCAGUUUGCGACUGUCCUUGCUGAGCAGUUCGAGAGCCUCUCUCCCGAGAAUGAGAUGAAGUGGUCAUUCAUCAACCCGACCAAAGGGCACUACAACUGGGAGACAAUCGACCGUCUGGUUGAGUUCGCCGAAGCACACGAUAUGGUAGUUAAAGGCCAUGGGCUCAUCUCGAGCUGCUGCAACCCCGACUACUUAGUCAAUAUCACCAACCCUACGGCAUUCCGUGCUGCAAUGGCGGCGCACUUCAAGGCAGUUAUGCGGCGGUAUCACGGCAAGGUAGAUCGGUGGGAUGUUGUUACGGAAGCCCUGAAGACCCAGGGCGGUGGUCUGCAGACCAACGCCUUCUAUAAGAUCCUCGGUCCUAGCUAUAUUGAUGACGCCUUCCGUAUUGCCCGUGCGGCUGUCCCGGAAGCCAAGCUAUUCAUCAACGAAGCUAUGGUCGAGUCAUUAGCCGGUAAGCGUCAGGAGCUCUACAAUCUGGUCUCUAGACUCGUGGCGAACGGCGUCCCGAUUGACGGAGUUGCCCUGCAGAUGCAUGUCACGGAAGGACUUCCUGUCCAACCAGGUGUAAUCAGGGAAAUGGUCGACUCCUACAAGGCGCUCGGAUUGAAAGUAACAAUCGCUGAAAUGGAUGUCCACACGCUCAACACCACGCUCCAAACCGAAAUCUACAGCACUAUUGUCUCUGAGGCUCUCGAUUCAGGAAUUACCGACAUCAGUUUCUGGGGUUUUACCGACAAGCACGCUUAUACUUGGGUAAAGGGUGCAAAGCCCUUGAUGUUCGACGAGUAUUACAAUCCUAAGGGUGCGUUCUACGCUAUCCACUCUGCUUUAACAAGCUUCAAAGAUGUGGUACCUGGCAAUCAAAGCUGUGCAUAUGCGUCGCCUGGGUCUCUGAAGAAGCAAUAG